AUGACAUGAAAGAACCAAACCACUGUGUCAGAGUUCCUCCUCCUGGGCCUGCCCAUCCAGCCACAGCACAAAAACCUCUUCUACAUCCUGUUCCUGGCCAUGUACCUGACCACAGUCAUAGGGAACCUCCUCAUCAUUGUCCUCAUUCACCUGGACUCUCAUCUCCACACGCCCAUGUAUUUGUUUCUCAGCAACUUGUCCCUCUCUGACCUCUGCUUCUCCUCUGUCACAAUGCCCAAAUUGCUGCAGAUCAUGCAGAGCCAAGUCCCAUCCAUCCCUUAUGCAGGAUGCCUGGCCCAAAUGUACUUCUUCCUGUUUUUUGCAGACCUGGAGAGCUUCCUCCUUGUGGCCAUGGCCUACGACCGCUAUGUGGCCAUCUGCUUCCCCCUGCACUACACCAGCAUCAUGAGCCCCAAGCUCUGCUUCUGCCUGGUGGUGCUGUCCUGGGUGCUGACCACGUUCCAUGCCCUGCUGCACACCCUGCUCAUGGCCAGGCUGUCUUUCUGUGCAGAUAAUGUGAUCCCCCACUUUUUCUGUGAUAUGUCUGCUCUUCUGAAGUUGGCCUGCUCUGACACCCAUGUCAAUGAGUUGGUGAUAUUUGUCAUGGGAGGCAUCAUUCUCGUCAUCCCUUUCCUACUCAUUAUCACAUCCUAUGCAAGGAUUGUGUCUUCCAUCAUCAAGGUUCCUUCUGCACGGGGCAUCCGUAAGGCCUUCUCCACCUGUGGCUCCCACCUGUCUGUGGUGUCGUUGUUCUAUGGGACAGUUAUUGGUCUCUACCUAAUCCCAUCAGCCAAUAAUUCUACUGUGAAGGAGACUGUCAUGGUUAUGAUGUACACUGUGGUGACUCCCAUGCUGAACCCCUUCAUCUACAGCCUGAGGAACCAAGACAUGAAGGGAGCCCUGGGCAGAGUCAUUUGUAAAAGAAAAUCAUCUUCUGCCCAUGAUGAUUGGGAUUAUUACAUAAUUUUAUCUAUUGAUAUUUAA